AUGGAGAUUCUGGGCGUGGAGAUCCCCGUUUCCUGCCUCCUCCUCCUCGCCUCCCUCGCCCUCCUGUAUGAAUGUUUGACGUGGACGUGGGGCACUUGGUCGCGGCGGGGGAUCCCCGAGGUGAAGCCCUGGAUCGUCGUCGGCAGCAGACUCACCGUCUACAAAGGGAUUUCCAUAUCCCGGGACGAUUUCAUUAUGACAUCCAUGGGAUGUCAUUUUGUCCCAUGUAGGAUCCAAAUGGAAUGUCCCAGGGAUGAUUCCUUGCUACUUGGGUAUUUUGGCGGUUUCGCAUUUGAUAUCAUCGCAUCUUAUGGAUUCGGCGUGGAAAUUUCCUCUAUGAAAGAUGCCGACAAUCCAUUCGUGAAAAAUGCUCUCCGCCUUCUCUCUAAUGAGAAUGUCGACACUCCGAUCGUUCUGCUCCCGAUGGCAUUCCCAAAGCUGAUGCUUUACAUGGAGCUGUUCCCACCGGAGACCAAUGACUUCUUCGUCAAGCUCAUCAAGGAGAUGGUCGAGGCCCGUAAAGAAAAACCGGAUGCUGGAACGAGAAAUGAUUUUCUAGGCAUCAUCAUCCAGGCCCUCAAGGAGUUGGAAGAAAACGAGGAUUACCAGCGGCUGGGGAUAACGCAGACGGUGCUGGAGGCACAGCUGAUGCUAUUCUUCUUGAAGAAUAGCAUCAAGAACAGCAAUAGCAUCUUGAAGAAUAGCGUCGUAGUUCACGUGCCACGUGAACCACGACAAGAACGACGUAAGAAAGCCAUACGCCCACUGGGAGUAUGGCUUUCUUGCAACUUCAAGAACAUCGUGAUCCCCAAGGACACCCUCAUACAGAUCCCUCUUAGCGCCCUUCACCGAGAUGAGAAAGAAUUCCCGGAGCCGGAAGCGUGGAAACCGGAACGAUUCCUGGAGAAGAAGAGAGUGCAUGACCCCUACGCCUAUCUGCCCGUCGGGAUCGGCCCACGCAUGUGCAUCGGAGAGAGGUUGCCCCAGGAGAACGAUCCGCUACGGCUUCGUCCACGUGCUGAGGGAGCUGGAGAUCGCGAGGACGGCGGAGACCCCCGGAAGAAGCCGGAAUACCAGCGGGGCUUCCUCUUCCUCGUGCAACCGACCGACCUGGUCGUCGGCUUCCGACCCCUUCGCUGAUUCUUGCCGAUGGUCAAAUGUCUCGCGCGUGUCGAUCCCCGAACGAGUGUCCACCUUUAUUUCCUUGCACGUGGUACGUUUGUAACCGGAGCUCAUUCGAGCCCUCGAAAGCCUGUCG